GUGUUUGCUCCGACAUUUCGUGCAUCAGCGGCCACCACGGAGAGAGAGAGAGAGAAAGAGAGGAGCGUUCAUGAGUUAAAACCUCAGUGUGUUUGUUGACAAAUUUCUCGGUUGUAGGGCUGUUGUUUAGCAGUCAGUAUGGCGGUAGUCAUCAGGCUACAGGGCCUGCCCAUAGUGGCCGGCACCAUGGACAUCAGACACUUCUUCUCUGGCCUAACCAUCCCUGACGGGGGAGUGCACAUCGUGGGGGGUGAACAUGGCGAAGCCUUCAUUGUCUUCGCCACCGACGAAGACGCUAGGCUGGGGAUGAUGCGUACAGGCGGGUCCAUCAAGAACUCCAAAGUGUCGCUGUUGCUUAGCAGCAAGACAGAGAUGCAGAACAUGAUUGAACUCAGCCGCCGCAGGUUUGAGGCUGGGGCGGGCUCUGUGGAGACCGCCACACCUUCAGCAGGAAACGCUAAUCGACAAGCAGGCACUGCCCCCAUACCCACAGUGCAUCAAGGGGCAGGAGGUAGAAGCAGUAGCCAUGGAAACCAAGGUUUCGGUAAUACCCAAGUCUCAGUGACGGCGGCAAGCUCUUCUCAGGAGCAACCGAGCAACAAGGCAGUAGUCAGUGUGGUGCCCAGCUUCCCCAACAGUUACAGCUCCGCCCCCACAAUCACCACAGCUCUUGCAUCGCUCAAUGCAGGCCCCCCACCCAUCCCUCCACUUCCCAGCAUGCCUUCCAUGCCCCCCAUGCCCUCAAUGCCCAAUAUUCCAGUUCCUCCUCCAGUGACCUCCAUUCCGCCCUUACCUACUGUCUCCCCCAUGUCCCAAGGACCUCCAAUGCCUCCUAUGUCCCACCUCUCCCACAUGUCCUCCAUGCCUCCCUUCAACCCCUCCCUACCUCCCCCAGGAGGAAUGGGUUCAGGCCUCCCUCUUGGAACCCCCAACCCCAUGCUGUUUAACCCUCUCUCCCCUCUCGCCUCGCUGGGCCUCCAGGCUCAUAUGAAGGCUGCUGCUGCUGCUGCAGCGGCCGGAGCUGGAGUGGCCCAUCCCGAUGAGUUGUUUGUCCUCCUGCAGAACCUCCCGUUCUCCUGCUCAGAGAUGGAGGUCAGGGAGUUUUUUCGGGGUCUGGGGGUGGAAGGGGCUCGCCUGCUGAGGGACGGGCAGGGACGGCCAACUGGCAGGGCUAUGGUCAAGUUCUUCUCACCCCAGGACAGCUUUGAAGCUGUGAAGAGGGGAGGUGGCAUGAUGGGCCAAAGGUUCAUUGAAAUCACCCCAGGCUCUGAGCGGCAAUGGGCCAGCCUCAAUGACGGCAUGAUAAUCCAUGCUCCUCACAAUAUCGGCAAGUCAAAUAACAGCAACGAGUCACAGGAACAGCAUCAUCGCCGUGGUAAUGUCAUGGCAGGAGGCAGGGAACAGCGAGGAAGGUCACGAUCUCCGCACCGGCAAGAAUUCUGUGUCUACUUGAAGGGCCUGCCCUACGAGGCGGACAAGAAACAGAUAAAAGAGUUUUUUACUAAUUUGUCCAUCAUGGAGGACAGCGUCUACAUUGCUUAUGGGCCCAACGGGCGAGCCACAGGAGAGGGCUUCCUUGAGUUCAGAGCAGAACAGGACUACAAGACUGCUCUGGGUGCUCACAUGCAGUAUAUGGGCACCCGCUUCAUCCAGGUCCACCCAAUCAGCCGUAAGGGAAUGCUUGAAAAAAUAGACACCAUUCGCAAACGUGAAGCAUCACAGGGUGACGGCAAGAACCAGGAUGGCUUGAAAGUUCCCAGGAACUGCGCCCACAUCACCAACAUCCCUUACAAUGUCUCCAAGAAGGAUGUCCGUGCCUUCCUGGAGGGUGUGGGGCUUUACGAGGACACCCUUAAAGUUCUGACUGAUAGCCAUGGCAACGGUUUAGGGCAAGCUAUCUUUCAGCUGCGGACCGAGGAAGACGCCCGCAAGGCCGAGAGACUGCACCGCCAAAAACUCAAUGGCCGUGAUGCCUUUGUCCACCUGGUGACCUUUGAUCAGAUGAAGGAAAUUGAAAGGAAUCCUCCUCCUCAGAACAAGAGGGGCCAACGCAACCAGAACCAGCAGAACCAAAAUCAGAACCAGCACCAGCAAGCCCAGCCCAGUCCCCAGCAACCCCAGAUCAACCCAUUUGCUGGGAUUAGUGGGGAGGAGUUUAACUUUCUCAGAAACACCAUGGGGAACCUCAAUAAUGCCCCCUUUGUGACUCCAUUCUCAGCCCCAGGGAAUGGUCUAGCAGGCCCUCCUCCUCUCCCUCCUCUGGGAGCAGGGCUGGGGGAGGUUAACCUUGGCGUGGCUCCCCCAUUAGUUGCAGGUCUUCCUGGAGCUCCAAUCAUGGAGCCCCCGGGCUUUCGACCUGGAGCAGCAGGAGGAGCUCCGUUCAGCCAGGAUGGGCUGAGAGGGUUGGUGCCGUUUGACAAUGCAAACAGAAAAGGAGGUGGAGGAGGACAGCCCAGAGGGGGAGGGGCUAACAACAACCAAGGGCGGCCAGGGGGAGGAGCUACUGGUGGUCAGCAGGUGUUCACUCCAGGAACUGAAGGUCUCCGUAACCAGCCAGCCCCUGGAGGAUCCCAACAGUCCCAACACAAUCCCAACAGUCAGCGUGGUGCUCCUGGCCCAACAAUCGUAAAGCUUCAGAACAUGCCGUUCACUGUGACCGUGGACGAGAUCAUGGACUUCUUCUAUGGCUACCAGGUGCUGCAAGGCUCAGUCUGCCUGCAGUUCAGUGAGAAAGGCCUGCCAACUGGCGAGGCCAUGGUGGCCUUCCAGAACCACGAGGAGGCCACUGCCGCUGUUAUGGACCUCAAUGACCGACCUAUUGGAGCACGUAAGGUCAAGAUAAGCCUGGGUUAAAGCCCUGCCUAAAACAGACUCAGUAAACAACAUGUUACACCUACCUGGAUCAACCAUACAGGUGAAACAAAGCCAACUAAAUCCAAGCAAGAUUCUGGAGUCAAACACAACUACAGCUCAGUUUAGACCUGGUCCUGCCGCUGGAUCACUGAAGCCCCUCCCCCUAUGUGUAGAUAAUGACAGGUAAGCCCCCCCUCUCCUGCGAGUUGUCCAGUAGAAAGACUCUGAUCAAGACUUUGCUCUUUUCUGCAGCUCGUCCACUGACUCUUGUAGCACAAACCUUUGAUGUUGAUGUUGGCAGGAUUUUGGUCCUUUCUUACCCUGUUUCCAAUGCAGUCAUGUCCAGAGUUGACACACUGAAUAUAUUCACCUGUUUUGUUGUUAUGGUAAGGUAUCAUGAUCAUAAAGAGGGUGACAAACAUUGUUGCUGUAUGCGCUUAAAUAUGCUGUGCCGCUGUGGUUUAAAAUGUAAAUGCUCUGUUGCUAUGGUAAUAUCUUAACAUGUUUGUUGCUGUCCUAAAAUGAUGAUGCAAAGCCACAGUAUGUUGCUGUCCUAGAAUGUUUAUUCUCUGUUGAUAUGGUUAAAUCUUAACAUGCUCUGUUGCUAUCUGAAAUGAUGAUUUAAAAAGCCACAGCGUGUUGCUAUGAUAAAAUGUUUAUGCUCUUUUGCCAUGGCGAAUUUGUUGCCAUGGUAAUAUCUUCAUCUAUGCUCUGUUGCUACGUUAAAUUCUUCACAUGCUCUGUUGCUAUGGUAAACCAUGCUGUAGAUGAAACGACCACAGUGUGUGGUUCUCUGUUGCUAUGAUAAGGUCUUCACAUUCUCUGUUGCUAUGGUAAAAUGAUGAUAAAACGCUAUGUUGCCAUGAUCAAAUGUUUCUGCUCUGUUGCUACGGUCAAUUCUGAGUUGCGACACUGCUCUGUUGCUUUCUAGAGGGAUUUGGGACAGAUUGCUGACAGAUGUUUUAUUUUGUAUAUAAGUACUUUUUGUCGCUGAAUCUUUUUCUUCUGUCCCAUUUUUUUCUAAUGUUGCUGUGUUUGAACAAUGCCACCUUCUUACCUUCCCUUUCUGCAGCACAUGCUCAAUACUGUGUGUGUUUGGACUUUUGAGUGCUGAGAUGAAAUCUGUAGAGAUUUUUUAGUUCGGUAGCUUUUUUGUUGUUUGUAUGUUUUGGAUGUUUCCACCUUUAAAGCAAAUUUUUUUGUUUCUAUUGUCAGUGUGAACAAACUUGUAUGAUCGUAUUACCAUACAUGAUGUGGAGUCUCCUUUGCUUUGGCUAAUAAAAGGACGU